AUGGCAUCCACAGUUCUCCGGGUCGUUACUUUCUGGCUUACCCUCGCCGCAGCUGGCCUUGUCCGGGCGGCUGUACCAGUCGUUCAAACGUCUUCGGGCAAAGUACAGGGAAAGGCCGUCUCGAAUAAGACCAAUGCAUAUCUCGGCAUCCCGUAUGCUCAACCUCCAGUUGGACCUCUUCGUUUCCUGGCACCGAAACCGCUCUUCACCCCCUUCGCCGUGCGGAACGCGACCACAUUUGGGUUUUCGUGCAUUCAAUUUGGGUCCAGCUCCCCUUCUGCAAGCGAAGACUGUCUCACGGUCAACGUCUGGGCCCCGUCGUCGCCCUCUCGAAAACUCAAACCAGUCUUCAUUUGGGUUUAUGGGGGAGGCUGGAACGUUGGGGAAUCUUCAUCUCCCUACAAUGACCUGACCUCGUGGUCAAUCGCCCAUCCCGAAAUCGUCUUCGUCUCUCUCAACUAUCGAGUCAACCUUUACGGGUAUGCAAACUCACCCGCACUCUCAACUGCGGACACGAAUGCCGGUCUUCGAGACCAACGGGCCGCUGUCGAAUGGGUGUUUGCCAAUAUCGCGGCAUUUGGCGGAGACCCUGCUCAGAUCACGCUCGGAGGGCAAUCUGCAGGUUCGGGUAGCAUUGGAACAUACCUCUACGCAUAUGCUUCACGACCGCUCAUUCGAGGCGCUAUCCUCAUGAGUGGACAGGCAGCGACAACCAUGACCCCUCCUCCCGUCCCGAUUCCCGGUGUUCCAGCCGCGGGGGCUAAUCCAUUCCCCGAUAUUGCAACGGCCGUUGGCGUGGCACAAUUGACAGCUGCGCUGACCUCUACCAACACUCUUGGUGUCUCUCCCUUUGUCGACAACACCACCGUCUUCUCGGUUCCGGAAUACAAGUCCAGAGGCCGUGCCGGAAAGUUUGCAAAAAUUCCACUGCUGACUGGGACUACCGAUAACGAAGGCGACAUUUUUGUUUUGGAUAGGGCGACCAACACGCUCAACGAGACUAUCUCGGAUCUAUUGACCCUAUCUGUCUUUAGAUGCUAUGACAGUCAGCAGUCCAAAUACUCUUCGUCGUCUGUGCCCGUAUAUCGUUAUCGUUACAUGGCCAUCUUCCCGGCGCUCUCUCCACCACCUCUUCGCGCCUGGCACACGUCGGACCAAAUUGUUCUCUUCAAUCCAACUCCAGGUGUUUCGGCAAUGGCGACGGAUUAUCUGCGAAAGGCUUGGAGUACUUUCAUCGUAGAACCCACCAAUGGUCUUGUUUCUCUCGGCUGGAAGAAGUACCAAGGUCCUGGAAGCAAAACUCUUGUCGACAUCUUCAAGAACAGCACCGACCUACAGCAUCCGAUUCAACUUGAGGACCCCACGAGUUUUGACUCGAGGUGCGCGGCGUUAGGCCUCGGGCUGUAG